CCCACCAGCUGUAGGCUCUGGCUCCGCGCGCUCCUCCUCCUCCUCCUCGGUUUCACCCGGAGCCCAGGCCCCGCCUGCUCCCCUCCCCUAGGGCCUCCUCAGACCUCUCCCGUCUCCUGCGCCUCUGCUCCUUCUGCUGAAGGCGGAGGCUCCAUGUUGUCCCCUCAGCGAACCGCAGCGGUGGCCUCGAGAGGAGCAGGUGAUGCCAUGGAGAAUGGAAAACCUGGUCCAGUGCAGGUUGUUUUGGUUCACAAAGAACAACACUCCUUUGAGCUAGAAGAGAGCGCCUUGGCCAGCAUCCUCCUGCAGGACCACAUCCGAGAUCUUGAUGUGGUGGUAGUAUCAGUGGCUGGUGCCUUUCGAAAGGGCAAAUCCUUCAUUCUGGACUUUAUGCUGCGAUAUUUAUAUUCUCAGAAAGAAGAUGGUCAUCCAAAUUGGUUGGGUGACCCAGAAGAACCACUGACAGGAUUUUCAUGGCGAGGAGGCUCUGACCCUGAAACCACUGGGAUUCAGAUUUGGAGUGAAGUUUUCACUAUGGAGAAGCCAGGUGGGAAAAAGGUGGCAGUUGUUCUGAUGGACACUCAGGGGGCAUUUGACAGCCAGUCGACUGUGAAAGAUUGUGCCACCAUCUUUGCUCUGAGCACCAUGACUAGUUCUGUUCAGAUUUACAAUUUGUCCCAGAACAUCCAGGAAGAUGAUCUUCAGCAGCUACAGCUCUUCACAGAAUAUGGCCGUCUGGCAAUGGAUGAAAUUUUCCAAAAACCCUUCCAGACACUGAUGUUUUUGAUUCGAGACUGGAGUUUCCCUUAUGAAUAUAGCUAUGGACUGCAAGGAGGAAUGGCGUUUUUGGAUAAGCGUUUACAGGUGAAGGAACAUCAACAUGAAGAAAUUCAGAACGUUCGAAAUCAUAUUCACUCAUGUUUCUCGGACGUUACCUGUUUUCUCUUACCACAUCCAGGGCUCCAGGUGGCUACAAGUCCUGACUUUGAUGGGAAAUUGAAAGAUAUUGCAAGUGAAUUCAAAGAGCAGUUGCAGGCACUGAUACCGUAUGUACUAAACCCAUCUAAGUUAAUGGAAAAGGAGAUCAAUGGCUCCAAAGUCACCUGCCGGGGACUGUUGGAAUAUUUUAAGGCAUAUAUUAAAAUUUACCAAGGAGAAGAUCUGCCUCACCCAAAAUCCAUGCUUCAGGCCACUGCGGAAGCCAACAAUUUGGCAGCUGCAGCCUCUGCCAAAGAUAUUUAUUACAACAACAUGGAGGAGGUUUGUGGGGGAGAGAAACCUUAUUUGUCUCCAGACAUUUUAGAAGAGAAGCACCAAGAAUUCAGACAACUCUCUUUGGACCACUUUAAGAAGACCAAAAAGAUGGGCGGGAAGGAUUUCAGCUUCCGUUACCAGCAGGAGCUGGAGGAGGAAAUCAAGGAACUGUAUGAGAACUUCUGCAAACACAAUGGCAGCAAGAAUGUCUUCAGCACCUUCCGAACCCCGGCAGUUCUGUUCACAGUCAUAGCAGCGUUGUACAUAGCCUCGGGCUUCACUGGCUUCCUUGGGCUUGAGGUUGUGGCUCAGCUGUUCAACUGUCUGGUUGGAUUGCUGUUAAUAGCACUCCUUACCUGGGGGUAUGUCAGGUAUUCCGGUCAGUAUCGUGAGCUCGGUGGAGCUAUUGACUCUGGUGCAGCAUAUGUGUUAGAGCAGGCUUCUUCUCAUAUUGGUAAUUCUACUCAAGCUUCAGUGAGGGAUGCCAUCGUUGGGAGACCACCUACGGAUAAAAAGGCUCAAUAGCAUCUUAAUGGCAAGAUUCAACAAAAGCCCAGUCAGCACCUGUAUUUCUGCUAAUGCCAUCAUGGGUCCAGUUCCAGAGGAAUGGCUGAUCCGAGACCAUCCUGGAAGAGCUGAGACAGGGCACCAUAAUAAAUGAACUGACCUCUCCUAUGGUUUCCAAUUCCACUUGUCUUGGAAGCAUUUCUUUUUCUUGCUGACAGACCCAAGGCUACUCUCUUCUCUCUUUGCUUUGUGCACUUUAAGGGGUGGGGGUGGGGGCCAAAAGGAAAACAUGGAAAUGCAGCUUUUAAGUCUUUGAUGUGCCACAUAGUGCCUUUUAGGACCAGUCCGUGCCUCUGCCAGCCAGGAAGGCUGAGGAAUGGAGGACAACCUCAUGAAAUGUGGUUUUGGAUCAAGUUCUCUUGGAUUUUAGAUUUCAGUUCUUUUGUACCUUUGAAAUUUGUUUUUCAAAAAUUUAUACAACUUGAAAAAGGCUCAGAACUAAAGGCCAACUGAAAUGAUACUUAUUAUACUUACACAAUUCCCCCAGUACUGGUGAUUGAACCUAGCACCUGACAGGCUAGGCGAUUGUUCUACCCUGGAGCUGUCCUUGCCCGCUUGACUGUGCAGUCUCAGGUCUUGAAAUUACUUUGUUCCCAGGCUGGCUGUGAGCUGUCCAUCUUCUUCCUUCCUCUCUAGCUUCUUGAGUAGCUUGAAUACAGACCUGGCUACCUUGCUUCAAAACCUUAUUUAUAUGAAUUACCUUUGCUAUACAGCAUGGAAAAAAUUAAAUCAUUUAAUAUUCUGUGUUGGAGAAUAUAAGGUCUUUUACACAGUACGCUGGCAGUUUUAUUGAACUUACUUUUUAAUUUUUAUUCCUAUAGAUUCUUUCUAGAAAAGAGACAAACAGUUCUUAAAAAAAAAACCAAAAAACAGUGGUUAAUAAUGAGCUAGAUACUUCAUGGUAAAAUUGUAGUUCGACUGAACCAUGUGACCUCUGAUAAGUCACUUGAACUUGUGUUUUGGUCAGAUUCACUGUACAUUUAUGUAUGUAUGUGUCACUCUCAAAAUUAGUAAUUUUCUUUUUUCUUUUCUUUUUUUUUUUCGAGACAGGGUUUCUCUGUGUAGCUUUGCGCCUUUCCUGGAGCUCACUUGGUAGCCUAGGCUGGCCUCGAACUCACAGAGAUCCGCCUGGCUCUGCCUCCCGAGUGCUGGGAUUAAAGGCAUGUGCCACCACCGCCCGGCCAAAAUUAGUAAUUUUCAACAGAGAAAAGACAUUACCAAAUAUUACUUCUUUUAAUUAUUGUUCAAUUUCAUGUUGCUUAGUGGUAAUACCAAAUAAUCAUAAUCUGAUCUAAAGUCUUUAUUCAAACUUUUUAUCGGGGGUGAUGUCUCACUGUGUUGCCCUGGCUGGCCUGGAACUUUCAAUACAGACUAGGCUAGCCUUGAACUCAUAGAGAUCCUCGUGCCUCUGUGUACCACUGUGCCUGGCCCCAAACUGCUUUUUAUUCUGUGUACUGUCCAGUGUUCAUAAUAUCAAAGCUAAACUGUUAAUUUUACUUAGUUAACUUUCCUUUUUUUCCCUUGAAGAAGGCACUCAGUCUAGCUGAACUAUUUAAAAUUCCCUCUUGAUUCUCCUUUUGGUUAGAUUGGCAGUUUUAAAAUAACUGGCUUAUGAAGGACAAUUGUUCAGACUCUAAAAUUUCCUUUUUACAUUUACCUUGAUUAUGUGAUGAGGUUUUAUCUUUUUUUUUUCCUUUGACUUUGUAAAUGGUGAAUUAUUGUGAACUUAAACCUUAAAACAUACCUGCAGGUGUAGAAGCCUUAAGUUGUUUUUAGGUAAUUUGAAAUUUUGUUAUGGGAAGGAGAUAGACUGGUUUUGGCAAAACCUAGUAAAAUUUUUAUGUACAUGAAGUAUGAAUGGAAGGUAGAAAAAAAAGGAAGUCUUGCAUUUAAUUUCCUUAUCAGAAUUUUCUUCUAAGUUUUCCAAUCAAGGAUUUAAAAAUUCUAAAUCAAUAUUAAGCAUUUUACAUAUUUUCAUACCAUCUUGUCCUGAAAUUCUUAGUAAUUUUUCCUUUUGUUGUGCCAUCUGGGAACAAUUCCAGUUUGUUUUAAAACUGUUCACUGCUUUUGAAUGAUGGCUGACCAUGAAAGGGGUUGGAAGCUCAGUCCUAUAGUUGUACAGUUUUCAGGUAGUGUCCCCUAUCUGAAAGCUUGUACUGAGUGAUGGGCUCUGGAUACUGAGAUUCAGUCAGAGAGGGUUUGGGGUAUAUGGUCUUGGUAUGUAGUCCAGGCUGGCCUAUAACUUGCUUUGUAGUUCAGACUGACCUUGAACUUAAGGUUCUGAUGCCGCAGUCUUCCAGAGUGCUGAGCUUGUAGGUGUGUGUCCCCAUGCCCAUCUCUAGUUCUACUCUUUUUACUUGUUUUGAUUUUUGGUUUUUUUGAGACAAGACAGGGUUUCUCUGUGUAACAGCCUGGCUGUUCUGGAAACUUGCUUUAUAGACCAGGCUGGUCUCACAGAGAAACCUCACAGAGAUCCACUUGCCUCUGCCUGCCGAGUGCUGGGAUAAAAGGUGUGCGCCACCGCCAUUUGGCUCUACUCUUAAUGGUGAGAAAAGAUGAUGUGGGAAAGAUUUGCUGUAAUACUUCAGUAUUACAUCUGUGUAUGAAUUUAAAGUGAAUGUUUUGUUAAUUAACUUAUUCUGUUUCUGGUACAUGUUUAUAAAGUUAUCUUUGAGGGUUCUUGUCCUCUUUUCUAACUUAAAUUGUUGAUUUUCUGUCAUGUUUUUCAAUACAAAAUGCCUUUGAUGACUGGCUAGAAGUAGUCCUGAGGAGAUUCGUAACUGGUUGAAAGAAUCUUUUAGCACCUCCAGCCUUUUCUUUGUGGGUCAGGGACAUGGUGUAGGAGUCAGACCAGUGUCCCCACAGGCUUUCUGUGCAGGCAAUGUUAAUUUGUGCACUCCUGUCAAUAUGUGGAGCACAUUCCUGUGAACAGAGAUUUCCAAAACAUUCCAUUAAAAAUAACUCACUUCAAGAGAAGCUAAAUGUUGCCAAGAUAUUCUCGGUUUUGUUUGGGGAUGCUUGGGAUGGAACCCUAUGGCUGUGUGUAUGGCAGGUAUUUGCUCUAUCCACCAAGUUAACACUUCAGUUUGCCUUCUACCAUCAAAUGGAUAGAAUCACAGCUUUGAGUCCUUUGCUGAGAAGUGUCAUGAUUUAUCACUUGCUGAUAAAUUUCACACAUCCCUUUUGAAGAGUACCAAAAAUCUGUUUCAUAGAUGCUUGUAACUUCUCUUUUAUUUCUUUCCUUCUUCCCUCCCUUUACCCCCCUUCUCUCUUCCUUUUUCUGUGCAGCUCCAGCCAGAGGUUUAUGUUUGAUACUUGCUUUAUACUGGGUCAAGUUGCUGUAAAUAUUUGUGUUUGAUUUGCUUUCUUACUCACUCACUUAAGGCAGACCUGCACAUAGCACAUAAACGCAAGCACUGUGUUUUCUUUGCAAUUUCUUUAGGAGGUCACACACAGUGGUAACUGGGAUAUGUAAAUGAGACAAAUUCAGUUGAUUAAUUUCAGCCCAAGCAAAAUACAAAACAAAAAACAUUUUUUCCCCCAAAAAGUGACAUGGGAGGAUUAAAAAAAGAUCUAUUUUGUUGGUGCCGGUUUUUUGGAAUGUAAUUGAAUAUGAUUUGAUUUUUCCAUCAGGUGGCCAACAUCUCUGCAUCCUUCUACCUAGCAUGUGGAGCUAAUACAAUUUCUGUCAGGAAUGAGGAUAUAAGUAAGCCUCAUUUAGCAAAGUAUUCCCUGUUGCAUGUGGCCUGUUGUAGUGGGUUACAGUUGUUUUCCUCAGGAGCUGUAUUGUAGCUCUGUCUUGGACAUUGGUUCUCAUCUACCUUUUCAUGCUUUAGACUCAUCUAUGGGGUGUGUUGAAAGAAAACCACUCUGCUUUCUAUCUAGGGGUUGUUGUCGUUUUGCACUGUGGCUUUGAGGUCAGAUUGGUGGGUGGGGGUGGGGAUGGAUGAGUGAGAAUGAACUGAUUCACUGAGUGGGAGUACUCAGACAGGAAGUGCACUUCAGCAUAUCCAGAAGCUUUGCCUGAAGUCUGCUGCCAGGUCUGCUCACCCAGAGUUUACUGUGUUUAGAAUCAUCAGGGUGCCUUAAUUUAGAGGCUUGUCCAAGCUUUUUAAAGCUGUCAUAGUGCCUUUUCUUACAUACCUGCCCUCAUACACCAACUGGUAAUUAGGAUUUUUUUUUUAAUUUAAAAAAUGUUCCAUACUCUGAAGAAGCCAAAUUGGGCACUGUGACUCAAAUCCCUAAAUUUUUGUCGUCAUCGUUUUUGUUUUGAGAAAGGAUCUCAGUAUGUGACCCUGGCUGUUCUGGAACUCAUUGUAUAAACCAGGCUGGCCUUGAGUUCACAGGAUCAAUCUGUCUCCUUCGAAUCCUGAAAUCUUUUACACACAGAAAACCCUGAAUGACUAAUACCAAUAAUGAAAAAAAGGAUGGGAUCAUAACUAUGCAAGUAGUCACCUAUGCACCCCAAAGUAGGAGCAUCACAAGAAAGCUCUUAUCGAUAAACAAGAAGGUUUCCUAUGGGAAAGAAUCUUAGGUGCCAGACUUUAAGUUUAAUGUUACGACGAAGGGAAGGUUCACAUUGAUGCCCAAACCUCUUUAGGUGAUCAAAGUUGUUAUGGAUGUAAGCCUUAAAAGAGUUUAAUCUUAAACAUAUGCAAGUUGUCCUCAAUUUUAUUUUAAAAAUGAUUUGUUAUAUGUACUUUCUGCUAGAUCCUUGCCUUUGAAUGGCUUUAAAACAAUACAUUUAUUUUUAAAAGUGCAUUGGGAAGCAAUGAUGCUGUUCUGUGUUGAAGGCUCAUUUUUGUUUCCUUUCUGGGUUGUAUAUUCAUAUAAUGGAUUAAAGAUUACAACACCA